CCAAUGCCUGCGUUCAACUUCAAGCAAACCAGCGCGCCGGCGCCGUCGCAACAGCCGUUGCAGAAAGGCCUUAGUCCCGCGCCAGAGAUCAAACGCUUCAACGAGACGGCGGCGUCACCAUUGCCAUCUGCCGUCGGGCCGUCAAUCCACGACCAAGUCGCCGGCUCGGAAGGCGGCAACGAGUCGUUCAGCUACGCGCUGAUUGAAACGGCGCCAGGACUCGUGGACACGCUGCAGUUCCUUGCGUCCGAGAAGGCGCAGCUGAUUGUGGGUGCCGCCGUCUCGUCGUCGCUGCUGACGAGCGUCAUCUCGAUGGUGCUCAGCUCGACGCUGCCGAGCGUCACCAACUCGCUCUCCGUCGCCUCGUCGACCGCCACGGCAGCGGGACCACCCGGCGACUUUGUGUCCUUCUGGGUUCUCAUCGACUACCUCCAGUUCUUGGCGUCGUCGGGGCACAUGGAAAUGCCGUCGGCGCCGCCGUUCUACCUCGACUUUACCGACUCGCUCGCGUGGACAGUCUUGAACGUCCCGCCGUCGUGGUCGGGGAAUGCGUCAGGUCCGACGCCGCUCUCGGCCGACGCGCUCUCGAUCGCGCAAGGUGACAUCAUUGCCGGCGUGCUCUCGUAUGCGCAGCGCCUGCACAUCCACCCGGAAGCGCUCUUCCAAGCGACGGUCGUCGGGUUCGCAAGCGUCGUUGGCAUCGUCGUCGUCGUCGUCAGCGGUCUUUACGGCGUCGUGCGCCUCCUCUUUGGCCAGCGUCUACGCAACGUCAAGAAGAAGCUCGCGUCCGAAUUGCCGCAGGACCGGCUCUUCUUGCGGUUGCUGCUCCAGGCUGCACUUGGUAUCGCGCUCAUGAGCGAGUACGCCCUUUCCAUGACGUCGUCGUUCCAGCUGCGCUUCACCGACAGCAGCGGUCUCUGCUUUGCGACACUGUCACUCUCGCUCAUCUGCUGCGGCCUCCUCGUCCUCGGCGUGUGCAUGCUGCACGGCAAAUCCGCGACCGACCUCGCCGAGCCCGGCUUCAAGUUUACGUGGGGCGGGUACUACAAGACGUACACGUUCGAGCAGCGGUACUUCUUCGUUGCCAAAAUGGGCGCCGAGGUGCUGAGCGGCAUCGUGAUUGGCGCCGUGAGCAACGUUCCGACGCAGCUCACGCUCUUGCUCUCGCUGCAGUUUGGCAUGUUCCUCUACCUGACGCACUGCAGUCCGUACCUCCUCGACUUUCAAAACGUCUGCGCGUCGAUCGCAUUCGUCAUGAAGAUGGCCACGUACGCGCUGCUGAGCUCGUUUGUGAUUGCCGACGUCGACCACAGCGUGCAAACCGUCGUCGGCACGUGUGCGCUCGUGCUGCAGAUCGCGCUCCUCCUCCUCUUCAACUCGCGCCAGCUCUACAUCUUGUCCAAGCAGACCGUGUGCAUCUGGCACCGGCUCAAGAAGGCGCGCCGCGCCAAGCGCCAAGCACAAGAAGACGUCGUCGUGGCGUCGGCGCUCGAUCGCGACUCGUUCGCGCAAGUGCUCGCGCAGAGCCACCACCGGUCGGCGUCGCCUUGUCGUCAUAACCAACAGAUUUAG